CGUUUCUCCCCCACUUCCCUUCUCUCCUACCCACUUUGCUUGGGUGCCAGCACGAUGUCUGACAACGAAGGUGGCAAAAAGUCCGGUUACCGUCUCGAAUACGCCUCUAGUGGGCGCGCCAAAUGCACUGGCCCGAAACCAUGCAAGGGCACGGCCAUUGGCAAGGGAGAGUUGCGAUUUGGGUCCCUGGUCGACUUUCGGGGCAACACGAGCUUCUCCUGGCGUCAUUGGGGUUGUGUGACUCCCAAGAUCAUUUCCAACAUGAAGAAUUCGUUCAAUGAGGCCGACGAGCUUGACGGCUUCGACGAUCUCAACGACGAAGAUCAAGCACGCGUCCAGAAAGCUUGGGAGGACGGUCGCGUCGCUCCCGAGGACGUGCCAGAGAGCGCGCAGGGUGGUAACGCCGAAGAGGAGGACGAGGCUGAAGACAAGCCUAAGAAGAAGGCCGGCAAGAAGAAGGCUGAAGAGGAGGACAGCGGCAAGGGCGUGUUCAAGUUUGAGUACGCGUCGUCUAGCCGGUCAAAAUGCAAAAGUUGUGGAGAUUCUAUCGGUAAAGACUACUUCCGUCUCGGUCACGAGGUGGACUUCCGUGGAAAUAAGUCCCUUGCAUGGCGCCAUUGGGGUUGUGCUGAGCCCAAGCUGGUUGAGAGGAUGAAGGCAUCUUACAGUGAUGUGUCUGAGGUCGAUGGGUACAACGACCUCAAGGACGGCGAGAAGGAGAAGGUCCAGCGCGCUUGGGACCAGGGCGAGAUCCCCGACGAGGACAAGGGUCCCGGCGAGCCGGUAGAGACCGGUAAGAAGAAGCCCGCACCUCGCAAGAAGAAAGAUGAGGAUGGUGAGGAAAAGCCGAAGCGGUCACGUGCAAAGGCGAAGAAGGCGGACGAUGAUGAUGAGGAGAUGGAUGUGGACGAGGAGAAGCCGAAGAAGGGCCGCGGCGCGGCGAAGAAGGAUGCUCCGGCCAAGGCCAAGGCUGCACCCAAGAAGGCGCCCAAGAAGAAGAAGAGCGAAGAGGAGUCUGGCGAAGACUUUGACGACGAGCUCGCGGCCGUAGACGAGGAGGAAGUUGACGAAGAGGACGAGGAGGUUGAGGAACCGACCAAGAAGCGCAAGCGUGCACCUGCAUCCAAGGGCGCGAGCUCGUCGAAGCCGCCAUCAAAGCGUGCCAAGCCGGCGUCGACGUCGAAGUCCGCGAAGCCAGCCUCAUCUGCUAAGCCGGCCUCCAAGGCAAAACCUGCUGGGUCGCGAGGCAAGAAAAAGACCGAGGAGGUCAUCGACGAGGAAGAAGAGGACGAGGACUGAGCGUCGAUUUCGUUCGCGGAUACCGACUCUCCUGCAGCUCGCUGUGAUCCUCUAGUAUUGCCUGGUACUGGAGGGCUCAUAUCCUCGGUGUUUGACCAGUCCUGGAUCUGGUGCUAUCGUCAUCGUCGUUGUUUGUCUGCCAGUGUGCCUGUUGUGCUGCUUUCUGUUUCCAUCUUCUGGACGUUUGUUAUUCUAGCUAUUCAGCGCGUGUAUACUUAGGUGAUGAGUUGAUACAACGAAGCAUAAUAUUGGUUCGAAGGCAC